GCUAAUGCUCUUAUUGAUAUGUAUGUGAAAUGUGGGGAUCUUGCGGAAGCAAAGAUGUUGUUUGAUGGAAUGGAUGAUAGGACCAUGGUGAGUUGGACAACCAUGGUAGUGGGGUAUGCGAGAUUUGGGUAUUUGGAUGCUGCUAGGAGACUUUUUUAUGAGAUACCAGAGAAGGAUGUUGUCCCUUGGAAUGCACUGAUAGGUGCUUAUGUCCAAGCCAAGAGUGGGAAAGAAGCGUUGUCUUUGUUUCAUGAAAUGCAAGCCAGGAAUGUUAAGCCUGAUGAGGUGACCAUGGUUAAUGUCUUAUCUGCUUGUGCGCAGCUUGGAGCACUUGAUGUUGGUAUUUGGAUUCAUAAUUACAUUGAAAAACAUAAUCUUACUUUGAAUGUUGCUCUUGGAACUGCUUUGGUUGACAUGUAUGCCAAGUGUGGUAACAUUACAAAAGCGCUUCGAGUGUUCCAUAAGAUUCCUAGCAGAAAUGCGUUAACUUAUACCUCUAUAAUUGGUGGCUUGGCACUUCAUGGGGAUGUACAAGAUGCUCUAUCCAUUUUUCUAGAGAUGAUUGAUGUUGGACUAAUGCCGGACAAAGUUACCUUUCUAGGGAUUUUGUCUGCAUGCUGUCAUGGAGGUCUGGUGGAACAGGGUCGCCAAUUUUUUUCUCAAAUGAGCUCCAAAUUCAAGAUUGUUCCAGAGCUUAAACAUUAUUCUUGCAUGGUGGACCUUCUUGGUAGGGCUGGUCUUCUGGAGGAGGCUAUAGAACUUAUUGAAGCCAUGCCUUUAAAAGCAGAUGCUGUGAUAUGGGGAGCAUUGUUUUUUGCCUGUCGAAUUCACAAAAAUGUCGAGUUGGGAGAGAGAGCCGCUGUCAAACUUCUUGAGUUGGAUCCUGGUGAUAGUGGAAUUUAUGUUUUGCUUGCAAACAUGUAUGUCGAAGCAAAUAUGUGGCAUAAGGCUGGGGAGGUGAGGAAAGUGAUGAGGGAGAGAGGAGUGGACAAGACUCCUGGUUGCAGCUCCAUUGAGUUGAAUGGAAAUGUUUAUGAGUUCAUAGUGAGAGAUCAGUCACAUUCUCAAUCAAAUCAGAUCCAUGCAUGUUUGAUUCAGUUGACAAAACAAAUGAAGCUUGUAGAAUCUGUAGCUGGUAUAUGUCAUCUGAGGGAUGACUUCCAAUUUGGCUGAACUUGGCAACUAAACUUAAGCAAGGUCAGUCAUAAUGCAUUUUAUCUUAGUUGCCAGUAGAUAUUCACCUUUUGAAUUUUCAUGAUGUAUUAAUAUGCCGACCAACCAUUUACAAUUCUUUCCAGGUUGAUUGUAUCAUCCGUACAACUUUCCUAUUAUGUUUUCAAAUUUCUGUGUUUUUUCAUAUCCUGGAAUCUCAAUAAAAGUGUUAUAAAUUGGUUGUCUCCUAGUUGAUGGCUAACUUUCUUAGUCAUUAAAGCUGGUUGGCUAUCUGUAAUUCUGUCUUUCUACAGUGCUUAUUUUGGAACAUACAUAGAAAAAUAUUAUUUGGAUAUGAAAAAGGUAUGGUUCCACUGACCUACUCUCUGUUCAGGUUCCAUCCCCAUACAUCAAGACUUUGUUGUGAACAUUUUUUGUGCUCCAUGUUAAUCGUGAUAUUAUCAUAGCAUUUGGUUCAGCUAAUUUUUUCCUCAGUGAUAGCAAUUAAAUCACAUGACAGCAAAUCCAGUGCAUUGUUGCUUUUCAUCAUUGGGGGAUCAAUAUGUAUCUGUGGGCUUGCUUUAUUGUGAAGACAAAAUACACUUGUAGCAAUAGAGAAAGAAGAAGAAGAUGGUGGCUGAAUCUUCAAUUGCAAAGAUGCAUACAAUCUAGGGGUCUUGUUGCCAUGCUUCCCCAGGGGUUUAAUUAAAAAGGAUCUCAAGACUAUUUCCUGAAGGAGUUCAAAGUUAACAUUUGUCAAAAAAUACUUCACUUGCCUGGUAAAACUAUUUGUGAAAGGCAGAUGCCAUGGUUUGGGACCAGAGUCUGUGCUGUUUGAGUUCAAGCAAACCUUGAGGUGAGAAGGGUACCUUCAUGAUUGGAUCCGGAUAAGAUUCGAAUCGUGAUUCCCUUUUCCCAUUGAAACAUUACUUUGAAACAACAUGUGGCAAAAGGCUGGCAAGGUGAGAGAUGAUGAGGAGAUAAGAAUUUACUAUACUCCUGGUCUGCCAAUUCAAGGUAACUGAAAAGUUAUGUCGCCUUAGCACUAGGCACAACUUGUGAUUUGAUGAGACAUCUGGAGCUUGUUGAAGAUGUAUUUGGUUUUUUUCCCUUCUGAGAGAUGCCUUUAUUAUCUCUGAAGCCUCCAUCUCAAUUUGAAUGAGGUUGUCUGCCAGAUUUAGUGGUUACUUGACCAAUAAUUAGUGGGACCCAAUUCAUGUAACAUGGGGACCACAUCCAAAGACUCCCCAGAGGACAGAAAUAUUUGAGGGAUUUCAAAAUACUCCCACUACAAUGAGGCUGUGGUGGAAGAUGGAAAGCAUUAUUUUCUAAGUGCUCACUAGUGGGAUCUGACACUUUUGCAUAAAUCUCAGUUUUCUCCAGAAUCAGCUUGAGUAUGGAGAUUGAAUAUAUCCAGACAAAGUACCAAGGUGUCAAACUAUGCUCUUUGGUCCAAGAUAUUGACACAGGGAGUCAAUGUUGUGCCAAAAAGAAGGAGCCCGAGGGAAAUAGAAUGUCCAAAACAAGUUGAAUAAAUCUCAGCUAUCAAAAAGCCGAGACGAUGACUGCUAUGCAAUGGGAAUGGUUCUCUUACAAACUUACUUGAUUUAUGCAUCAACAGAUCGAACUGACCUUUCCCUCUUUGGCAACCACCUCUCAGGAUCUGGUGGAGUGUCCGGGCUUGCUGGGUCGAAACCUUUUGGGUAUUUUGGCUUUCUCUUCAGUUAUGCUUGCUGUUGAACUGCUCUCAACGUGCUUUGCACCAGAAGUUUUACUCCCACAUCAACUGCCUUCAAACUGGAUAGUGGUUUCAACUACUACUCAUAAGUUUACGCUUUCUCAAUGUUCGUAUGAGCGGUUGUCUGAAUAAGCCCAGCCAAAGCCCCGAUGCUUCCACGGUUCUUCACCAGCCCCUCGUAUUGUCGUGCAGCCAGCCUCUUCCAUGAUGAUAUCAAGCUUAUUGUCUUCAGUCAUGGCACUAGACCAACACUGGAUUGCAGCAUCAGCAACAUCAAUAUCUCCAGCACUCUCUUUCAAAGAAACAACGGAGGCAACAGUUGCUGGCUUUUGUUGGAUAUCAGGAAUUUUCAGCAGAGAUUCAGCUGCUAUUUGAGGAUGGCCAGCAGAAGCUGAAACCUGUGCCCUUGCAAGCAGAAAGACCUUAGACUUGUCAGGGAACGGGAACUUAUCUGCGAAUUGCCCUAAUAUCUCCUCUGCUUUGUUUGCAUUUUUCUCUCUUACACGUACUGCAGCUUGGAGGAGCACGGGCAUUACACUAUCCGGAAACCAUGUUUGGCAGUGCAAAAGCGGGUUCUCGAUCCUGUAGUAUUUCAUUGAUUAGAUGACUGGUCAAAGAAAACGAGAGACCCACGGGCAGUAAGACAUUUGUUAUGUCAAAUUUCAAUCUGAAAAGAAGUUAACAGGAAAUUUAUGAGAAGAAAAGAUAUGUCGAAUGGAAUUUCCUGAUCCAUCUUAUUAGAAUGAAGUAGCAACAGCAGACUAUUGACGUGAAUAUUGCUUCUCUUUGCUUACGUGAAAGCUUUAGGUCAAGACCACGAGCUAGCUGGAAGAUCUGUGGUCCUUCGCCUUUCUCUAUCGGCUUAUCGAGUUUUCUUAACCCAUUAGCCACAUCCUUGGGGCCUUUCAGAGCAAUAAGGUUGUUUGUUGCCACUGCAAGAGAUGAUUCAUCUGCCAGGUUUCUCUUGAUAACAUUAGUAUAAAAUUCAAAAGCUUCUUGUGUGUUUCCUAGGAUCUGGGAACAUCGAAAAAGGAAAAUGUUAUGGAUAGUAUUCUGAUAUUCUCGAACAUGAACUGAUAUCAUUUGAGGCAAGUUCUCCCUAAUUUACAUGAAGCAUAAAAAUUUUAAGUUUCC